AGCUGUUUUCUCCCAGAUCACUGGCCAUCAGUCCUCCAUCCAUCACAAGUCAACUAACUGAUCCCAGGAUCCAGACUAAUUUAUCAAGAACCAAGCAUAUCUAUCCUUUUUCCCCCUCAGAAAGAAAACACAUCUUUGGACACUUUCACAGUAUUAUGAAAGCCCAGUUGAGCACAUCUCUCUCUGACCUCAUCCUGGCAUUAGUCAGUUACCAUGGCACUUGGUCUCUAUGGCAACACAACAAGAUGGCAUCAGUUGGAUUGCUCAUUGUUGCCAUGGCAGCCAGUUGUGGAACAAUAAGGUUCUACUUCAAUCGGCCGAGUGAAAGGUUGAUCUGUUUACACACUACAUUAUCCUGGCUGGGUGCUACAUUGGGUCUUCCGUUUGUUGCUGUAGGUUAUGCACAACAUAACCAAACUUAUAUUGUAGCCCAUGCCAAUAUAGCAGUUCCAGUGGCUUAUUUCUUAUCCCACAAGUUCCUGUCAGGUGAACUGAGAAAGAAGACUGCCAUGCUUGUUACAGGGGUGGCAAUAUUAUCUGUGUUAAUACUCAGUACUUUAAAGUUUAAUCCAUAUGCACUGACAGGGGCGUUAGCAUAUGUGGCCUCUGGGGCUGUGGGAACAGAUGGGCUUGGCCCCCUUGACCUUCCCAGGGUGGACUGGUUUCACUACCUUCUAGUCGUUGGCAAUGUCGCCUUUGUGUUGGCCCUGAGUCAACGUGCAGAACCAGUGUUUUACAAGAAGCAUUAAAGCAAAGAAUUUCAAGCUGCAUGCUACGUAGCUUAUAAUUGACUCUUUUUUUGAUUUCACCCAAAUAUUGACCUUGGUUAAAAAAAAUUACAUUAAUAGUGCACAAGGAUUUUAAUGAAGCUGGCAUUUACAGGUAGUCUUGUUGAAAUUACCAUUGUUAGGUUCAGUAUGCAAAUUUGCAUAUUCAGCUAGAUUUGUGAAUGACAAGUUUAAAUUUAACAUAUUCCAGGUUGUAAAUGUUUUGCAACAUUCUACACUGUAACUACAACUGUUGACUAUAAGAAAAAUCCACAUGGUGAUUCAAAGAAAUAUCAGUUUAUUUAGUCUUGAGCCCAAAGCAACCACCUGCCUCUGGUUUAAAAUCAGGUGGAAACUUUCGUCUUGGACAUAAAAGCUUUUUAACAUUCCAAAAGCAGUUCACAUUGCAUUUAAUUUCUACUAGAUAUUUGCAUUAGUGUAUGUGACAUUCAAAAAUAUUUGCACUUUUAAAGGAUAUAUUAAAUAUUAAUUUUGAUUGAAGUCCCAAUAAAUAAUUUGACAUUUACAAGAGUUCAGAGCAUUUGCUGUGCUUUGAGAAAGGUCACAUAGUUUGAGAUUUUUUUGUUUUGCACAGUGUACCGUUUUACAAAGAUUCUGAUGAAGUUAAAAGCUUGAUUAUUUUUAUUUCUCCACAAACUUACAAUCAAAACAUCCUCAAUACAUUGAAAUCUAUUCUGAGAGACUAACAACAAUUGCCAUCCUGUCUUCAUUUCAUGUGCACUCUCAUUUACAUGUAAACAAAAUUUAUUAAACUGUUUUUAUAUAAUUUACAUAUUAUUGAUCAUAGCCACCACAAAUUUCUCCCAAAUUAAAUCUCAUUUGAUUCCAUCAAGCACCUUUUUAUUAUCCAAUCUCUUGACUGCUACAGAACAGUGCAAUUGACACAUCCCCACUCCCUUUCAAUGAUUUAAUACUGUUAUAUAUAUAAUAUUGAACAAUGAUUCAAAUUAACUUAAAUGCAAUACAUUUCAAUGUGGUAUGUACAUAAGUAUACAGAAAUUAUAAAUAAAAGCAUCAAGUCUACUUUCCAACACCAAAUGCUUUACCUGAAGUAUAAUGGUAUUACAUUUACUUCCCUGCAUGCAUACAUCUACUCACAUUAUAAUAGCGUUAUUAAAACCAUAGAAUGAAAACUUGAUGUAUUUAUUAACUGGCUGAAGGACCCAUCUACACUACAAGUUAGUUUCAACUUAAAGUUCAUCAAAUACAACUGUUUGCCUGCCAGCCGGUAUUUAUUAUCUAAUAAUAAAUAACUGAUUGCAAAUCAAAUAAACUUUGGUAAAUGUUUCUGUAAGCCCAUGUUUAUAAACCACUGAGGGUUGCCCUAGUAAACCAUUUGGCAGUCUGGAUGAUUGAAUAACCUAGGAAUAAUAAACCACACAUUUCAAAGUCAUUGACUCAUUGUUAUACAACAGAAUAAUAAUAAUACCUCAAAUCCAGGAAUAAAUAUAUUAAGUGCUCAUAAAUACAGUUUUAUCUAAUUAUUUUUCCACAAUAAAACCAGCAUCUACCUAUAUUUUUUCUGUGUCUUUGGGAAAACAAAAAGUUGAAAGAUAGUAAAGAAGAUAAAAUUGUGCAGCAAUGAUCUUUGGCCAGGGGAAGGAUUUGGGAGUAUACAAAAAUGUUCACGCCCCCCUGUACAUUGAUGAUCAUUACACAACCUGGCUGUAGAGACUGGGCGGUGGUCCAGAAUCCCUGAGGACAGAUGCCUGUGUAGCUG